AAGAAUGGGGGCAGGCGCAUUAGCCAUCUGUCAAAGUAAAUCAGCAGUGAGGCUGAAGGAAGACAUGAAGAAGAUAGCUGCGCUGCCACUGAGCAAGCAGAGGGAUGAUAGCUGUCAGAAGAUGUUCGGUGUGAGCCUCCAGGACCUCCAGCAGCAGGGACUUACCAAGAAUGGCCUCCCAGCGGUGGUGUGGAAUACAGUAGAAUAUCUCACCCAGCACGGGCUGACACAGGAAGGUCUCUUCAGGGUGAAUGGUAACAUGAAAAUGGUGGAUCAGUUGCGUCUGAAAUAUGACCGUGGGGAGGAAGUGGAGCUGGCUAAAGAUGCUGAUGUGUGCUCAGUAGCCAGUCUGCUGAAGUUAUUUCUGAGGGAGCUGCCAGAUGGGGUGAUCACUUCUGCAUUGCAUCCCAGAUUUAUACAGCUUUACCAGGAUCCUAGAAAUGAUGCUGAGAAGGAGAACAACUUGAAAGAACUCAUAAAAGAGCUACCUGAUGCCAACUACUGCCUGCUGAAGUAUCUGUGCCGGUUCUUGACCCGAGUUGCUGAGCAUCACACGGUGAACAGAAUGAACAUUUUCAAUCUGGCCACCAUUUUUGGACCAAGUUGUUUUCACGUGCCUUCUGGAUUUGAAGGUAUGAAGGAACAGGAAAUCUGCAACAAAAUAAUGGCCAAAAUGCUGGAAAACUAUAAUACCUUGUUUGAGCUGGAGCGCACACAGAAGGCUGAUGAAAAUCAUGCAUGUGAAGAGCUAGCAAGAAUUAUUUUAGUGAAAGCCAGUUGUGAGCAGUCCCUGCCUAUCAAUCUGACAAGAGCUUUAGAAAGAGAGGCACCGAAGUCAACGCCACGAAGCAAGAUCACAAAGUCCACGAGGGCAGGAUCUGUACAGGAACGCCUCUUGCCACAACCGGAGUUGUCGGAUGGAAUUCCUCAAGUCCGCCUCCGAUUAACUGACAGUAGUGCAUGUUUGGAGGAAAUGGAUUUACCAGAUGAAAUCUCUUUCAUUAACAGUGCUGCAUUCUUCUCCAGUUCCCAAGAAGAUGAGCGGCCCAUGUCACCCUUCUAUUUAAGUGCCCAUGUAUCCCAAGUGAGCAGUAACAUUCCUGCUACUGGAGAAUAUUUAGAGAAGACGAUCCGCUCAGCAGUGGAACAGCAUCUCUUUGAUGCUCAUGGCUCAGGUGGGCAGAGUUCAGAAGACUCCGAAUCAGGAACAUCGUCAGCCUCUUCAAAUGUGUCCACCAGGCAGAGGAGGCGGCAUCACAAAGAACAGGAUGAAGGCCGACGAAGCAGAGACGUAGAGGUCAUCAACAAAGAAAACAUUCCUUCUGGAUUCGGAAACCUUGAAGAUUGUAUCCUGACUCCUCAGGAAGUAGAAAAAUUACAAGAAAACAACUCCGGGUAUAUUGGAGAAAGGAAUAAACCAAAACGGCAGAAAUCCAGCACUAAACUUUCUGAGCUCAACGAUAACCAAGAUAGCCCUGUGAGUAUGGAAAGCUUUAGCUCCUCAAGGCCGAUAGCCAGAGCAGGACCUGAUGACAUGGAGGUUUUGUCUGACGAAAGCAAAGAAAAUGAAAACGACGAUAUGUUUUUCAAGCACUCACAGCAGAUUUCGAGCAUGAAGAUUCAGGAGCACCCGAGCAUCCCCGAUACCAAAUUACAGAGGAACCAAGAUGCUGAUGGUCAGGAAGAUAGCUUCGUCUCAGAAGUGCCUCGGCUGGACUUGACAACCCUGUGCGAUGACAACAGCUGGGAAGAGCCCGUCCCAGCUUUCUCCUCCAGGGAACGAGAUGGCUUAGACUCCGACGAAGCUCACCUGUCCCCACAGGCUGGAGGUCUAAUUCGCCAGCUUCUGGAUGAGGACAGCGAUCCAAUGCUGUCCCCUCGUUUCUAUGCCUAUGGGCAAAGCCAGCAGUACCUGGAUGAUACAGAAGUGCCUCCCUCCCCUCCUAACUCCCAUUCAUUCAUGAGGAGACGGAGUUCUUCUUUAGGAUCUUGUGAAGAUGACCGAGAGGAUCUGACACCUGCACAGCUGACCCGGAGGAUUCAGGGGCUUAAGAAGAAAAUCAGGAAGUUUGAGGACAGAUUUGAGGAGGAGAGGAAAUACAGACCUUCCCACAGUGACAAAGCAGCCAACCCGGAGGUGCUGAAAUGGACAAAUGAACUGGCAAAAUUCCGGAAGCAGCUUAAAGAGUCAAAACUAAAGAUAUCGGAAGAGGAUCUGGCUCCUGUGAUGCGCCAGCGUAGCAACACGCUCCCCAAGAGCUUCGGGUCACAGCUUGAGAAGGAAGAUGACAAGAAGCAAGAUCUGUCCGAUAAAUCUGCAAAACCUGCAGUGGAGGUGACCUUAGACUCCAUCCAGAAGAAGCUGCAAGAAAAACGAGCAGAGACGAACCGGCCUGAGGACAUUAAGGACAUGACUAGAGAUGAGAUAUCAGCUGAGAAAGUGGCUCUUCAGAAAGCUCUCUUGUAUUAUGAAAGCAUUCAUGGAAGACCGGUAACAAAAAAUGAGCGCCAGGUGAUGAAGCCUUUGUAUGACAGGUACCGCUUGGUCAAACAGAUCCUCUCCAGGGCCAACACCAUCCCUGUUAUUGGUUCCCCCUCCAGCAAGCGGAGAAGCCCUUUGCUGCAGCCAAUUAUCGAGGGCGAAACAGCUUCCUUCUUCAAGGAGAUAAAGGAGGAAGAGGAGGGUUCCGACGAGGACAGCACCGUGAAACCAGAUUUCACAGUCACCCUGAAACCAGAUUUCAGCGUGCGGAGUUUCCUGGAUCAACUAGAAGAUGAGGCUGAUGGCUUCAUUUCUCCAGUGGAUGAUAAGAUGCCUUCAAAGAGCAGCCAGGACAUGGGGCUUUCUACCCUCCAUGCUGCUUCUGUGCCAGAACUCUUAGAGCAGCUCCAAGAAGUCAGGGAAGAGAAAAAACAGAUCAGAAAAAAGUUGAGAGAAUUUGAAGAUAAUUUUUUCCGAGAAAAUGGAAGAAAUGUCCAGAAAGAAGAUCGUACUCCCAUGGCUGAAGAAUACAAUGAAUACAAGCAGAUUAAGGCAAAGCUGAGGUUGCUGGAGGUGCUGAUCAGUAAAAGAGAUAUUAGUUCCAAGAUUAUGUAAUGAAGCUGAUCGACUUCACAGAGAGGCUAAGAAGAGACCGAGACAACCAGAUGAAUGCAUGAAGGGUGCAGCAGGAGCCCGACAAUGAGGGGCUUAGCAGCUCCCCAAGAACUGAAAGGCCAUUUUUAGAGGUGGGAGGUGGAGGAAAGGUGGCUUAUCACUCUCUGCACUCGGCGUAGUCCAUUGUGCCACCAGGCCAGUCACCUAGACUGGGGUUGCCAGCAAGAGAGAGGUGAUGCUGUGCUCAGAGACGGCGCCGAAAGGGUCCUUAGCUUUGAUUCGCUUACCAAUUCUGUCAUGUUUAGAAUAUCAGAGUCAGAUUACGUUUUUCCAGCGAAUCAUACUGAGAGGCUGAGUGCUAUGAAUAGUGGUGAAUCGUCCAAUAAUGUCCUCUUCUUUCCCAACCGAGUGCCCUGUCCAAUGGAAAGUGACACACGGUUCCUGCUGUCGGGAAGUCCUGAGGCUGUUCUCUCUUAGCUACCAUGACAGUGAGCUCUGGCUCCCAAAUUACCUGUAGGUUUGGUGUUUGGGAAUUGGGCCUUUUCAGUUACCCCACUGAGUGCUGGAGAAUUGCUAUUAAUCAACGCCCUGCCUACUGCGUUGGCCUUCAGUGUGACUUUUCCCAGUGUUUGAUUUUCUUACAUGUGUUUUCUAGCUGUCACUUCUGCUUAGGUAGAUGGUAGCUGCCUCUGAUGAUAAAAGCGCUGUCAAAGGAAGUUCAGCAAUACGCUUAGUUGCCGGGUCCUCUUAGCUGGCAUUUUGAAUUGUGACACUGGGACUGUGGUUGGGCAUUUGGAUCAGAGUGGAGGUUCUGAUGGCAGCAGUCAGAAUCCUAUUGGGUUUUAGUAGCUGAGAUGUUCUAUUGAAAUGAACAUGCUGCUCUGUCACUACAGCUGUCCCAGUUCAGGUAUCCGGUAAGCAGAGUGAAGAUCUGUCCACAUCAGCAUAGACAGACCACCAGUCUUUCAGUGUCUGAUACUGACAUUAAAGACUGAGCUGGACAGUCCAUUCACAUACAGUGCACACACCCUAAACUUUUUUCUUUUGUGCACCUAAAUGGUAAGACCACAUGGAUUGCAGCACUAAGUGUGAAUUGCAGAGAUGGAGAUACAGAACACAGUGAAUUCAUGAUCUUUUCUUCCCGAUGAUAAUUGCAAAUAUAAAUACUUUGGAGGAGAGAGGAUGCUUCAGGAAAUGGGAAACUUUGAGCCAGAUUCUGCCCUUGGAAGUGUGAGAGUCUGAGGUCAAAAGUUGGAACUUAACACACUCAAAUCAACAUGAACAAUUUUCAGAAAGGAAAGCCUUGUUGUGAAUGAAUUAUAGACAGGUGGUUUAGACGCUUAUGUUAGACAUUUGCUAUUUUGAAGGGAAAUGAGCUAAAAAAAGGGUGGAAGGCUCUUCUUUCUGUCAUGCAGAGCCAUUGGGCUCCGUUAUUUCCUUGUGUUACCCUCAAGAGCGUCAACGUGCAGCUUCACACAGCCCAGGGAGAGGCCCCUAGUUGGAACUAGAGUAAGAAUUCUGACUUCCCAGGGCAGGGUUCAUCCCUGCUGCAUGUAGAUGGAGCAAGCCAGCAUGCUCCCUCCUGCAUACUGAUCCCAUCAGUGAGCCAGUGUGGAGGAACAGGGCAGUGAUAUUGAGUGCAGGGAUUGCAAUUGUAUUUGGCGAGGGGGUGGGAAGCCUGCCUGUGCCCUACCCCAUGCUUACAUACCAGGCCAGUCUGGCUCCAAGAUACGUGGCAGUUCCUGUUCCCUAAGCGCAUUUCCCCCACGUUGCUAUGUUACAUUGACUCUUGCCACGAUAGAUACAGAACAUCUACAGCGUGUUUCAAUAGCUUCUGUAUCUCAAAACUUAUUAAAAAGAAAUGUGUCUCUCUUCCCCAUCCCUGAGCCCUGGCAAGGUUCUCUAGAAUGUCAGGCGUGGGACAGUGCCCGGGAGAAGUAGUACAUUAAAGAUAAGCCAGCGCCAGUUGGUAAGAAGUAGUAGAAGUUGGGUCUUUUCUUUUGCUAGUCACCAAAUUCAUUGUACUUAGGGGGAUUUUCCAGGUGGUUCUUCAUCGAUCACAGAAUUAUCCCCUCCAUCUAGAAGAAAUAACAGAAGUAGGAGAGACUGAAGCCUAUAUUUAAAAAGGUAGCCUAGUUUUUGGGCGCCCAGCCUAGGGCCUGAUUUUCAGCAGUGUUGAGCACCCACAGCUUCCAUUGACCUGGGAGUUGUAGGCACUCAGCACCUCUGAGAACCAGACCCCAUAGGUGUCUGUACCUGGGUACACACUUGCAGAAGCUACUUUUGAAAAUGUGGGCCGGAUUGGCUGACUGCAGUCCUCUUUCCCUUCUGCAUGCAGGACGUCUGAGAAUUCCAGCAAAUAACAGUGGUGCCGUUGUCCUCCAAACCAGCUUUAUGCCCGUUGAAAGGAUGAAUGGGAGGGUUGGGUAUUUGGGGCGUAACUGUUUAAUAGGACAGUGAUGAUAUGUCACAGGACAAAAAUGGCUGCUGGGUUCCUCAGAAGUCAGUAUUGCUGGCUGCCUUUUAUACGGUUAAGCCCCAGUUAAAUGAAGCACUGAAACCCAUGCUUAACUUUAGCCAUGUGUCAAUCCUAUUGAAAUAAGCGCAUGCUUGAAGUCAAGCCUGUGGCUGGUGUUUUUGUGAGUAGAGGUGGACUUAAGCACAAACUUAAAUACUUUGCUGAAUCAGGGCCUUAUCUCCUUAAUACCUAAAUUACAGUGGCUGUGAUUACCUAGCCAUCAGUGUCCAUAGCCUUCAUGCAAAACUCCAGAAGUCACAAAGACUACAUUUUGUUGUUAAAAGCCUGCUUGAACUGUGUACUGAUAAUUAACUGUUUUGUUGCCCCGACAAUUCUUGACCAACAGUACAUAGCAAAAUAUUUUGUUUUUAAAUUGUUAAGACUGUAGGGUUUUCUGACUGCCUAGCUACUGUUGUUUUCAUGGCACAUUGCUAUGAUUUCAAAUAUUUUAUAUAAAUGAUAAGUAUAAUGAUGCACUUUAGAGAGAUUAUAUUUUUAAAGUUUGAAAGCUAAUAAUAAAACCGAUAUAGCCAAAAUUGUACUCUAAAAAUCCUUGUCUAGCUCUCUCUUCUUAAAAGGCUGUUCUUUAAACAAAAACAUAAAAUGAAUAGCACCAGUUGAACUUAAUUCCAUGAAGUCUCUGUAUCUCCUGCAAACUGAUUGAGUUUGGUAGAAUUUACUGCAAUUCACAAAAUAGCCAUUCAGGUACUGAUCAACCCCCACCAUCUCCAAAAAAAUAGUCAUGCAAAAAUCAAAUUUUUUCAUUUCAGGUUUCCUUUGUUAUUUCACUUACUGCAGGCCCUUGAGUGUACAACCCAGUUUAUAUUGCUGUUUACAUGAGAACGUUUGAAUGCAAGUGAGAGUGCUUUUAAUAGGGGUGAAAUGCUGUACAAGUAUCUGCUUCAAAUAAAAUGAGUAAGCUGUUCGAAUAAGACAAAAUAUACUUCCAUGGCAAUAGAACUUGUAGUGUGUUCUCUGGUGGCAUUAUGGCCUGUUUGGUAACUGGCUUCGCAUGGCCUAGAAUGAUACAGGCACGUGUCCUUUUUGUUUUUUCAGGAAUGCGUGGUUGUGUAUUACCGAAUGUGAACAUCAUAAAUGACUGAGGUUUAUUUAAUGGUGAUGAUGAUGAUAAACAGGGUAUAAAUAUAAUGAUAAAACGAAAAGAGUUAAAGAUGGCAAAAGCUUGUAAUUUUCACAGGUAGCAUUUGCUUUUAUUCUGUUUACUUUGGCGUAAACACUCAGUUAAUAGAUGUUUAUAUUAAAUAUGGUGUAAUUAAAGCAUCUUAUAUAACUCUUGAUUAUUCUGUUAGAAUUCAGUUUUUAUUACAUGUAUGUGCAAAAAUUCGUAAGUGCCAUCAAGUCAUAAUAAAAGCCUUUGUGCCUGAGAGGGAAAAGCAUAGAUUAGUGACAUCUCAGCAAGACUUCUAUUUAGGGGAAUGUUUGCAAAAUGGUAAUUCAGACACACUGGAAACAGAACAGAAAUAGAAGCUUGCUUGGAUAAAUCACUGAGAGUAAGAUCUUUCAGUCGAUGCCUGGUUCUCAUGUCUAGGUCGUAAUGGAAGUAGCUGGUUAGAAGUCAGAGAGGGCUUUAUUUGCAGCCUUGGUGUAAUAUUGUUUAGGAACAGUGUUUGUUAAAUUUGUGAAGGCUCCUAGUACAGGAGUUCACAUGCUGCGUGCUUGUAGCAUGGAUUUUGUCAAACACUAAUGCUUUGCAGGCAGUAUGCAAAGUUGUACUGUUGACUUAUUCCCGUUUUCCGUGCCCCAGGGAACUCACUACGAGGAUCCACAGCAACAUCUGGGUUUCUUAUUGAUGUGGGAGAGAAAUUGGGUUGGAGGCCAGUGAUUGCAGGGGAGUGGAAUUUGUGCACCCUUGUUCAUCCUAGAGAGGAAAGUAACUUUGCAUUCUGGAAUUGUUGCCAUUUGCAGUAGUUAUCUUUAGCUAUGCCUUUGUGCUAGUUUGGGGGAUCACUGCACAUGGUUAACAGCCGCUGCCUGUUUGCAGCUGCUAAUGUUGUGAAUGUCUCUCAUUUUUUGUAUAUUUCAGAAAGUAAGAAGCACUUUGCUACAGUGGAUGCACUUAAAAAGUGCUGUCUAGUUGUUGAGAGAUUACUGGCUCUAGCAGUAGCCUGUACCUCGGAUCAUUGUUAGAACUGGCAAUAUCUGCAGAACAAGAAGGAACCUUUUAAGUGCAUUGACUGUAUGCCCACUUCCUGCCAAAAUCCUUGCAGUGCAUUUAAAUGCAUAACAUUGACCGGUUCCUCUUGCUUUUCCCCUCAGGGAGUCAUUGGGUUAUUGAAAUGCCUGUGCCAUGUGUGACCUGAUCCUGCUGCCACUAGAGUCCACAGCAUGUCCCUUUAAAUUUCUCUCUUAGGAAAUGAGGAAAACUAAGCAGAACUAACAGUUUAUAUAUUUCCUCUUCCCCCAUCAAUAAUAAUGGAGCUGUAAUUGUCAGUUAGGCCAACCAAAAAUGCAUUUACCCUCUGCUGUCAACCCUGAUGGAAAAUGCAAGGUAACCCGUAGCAGAUUGAAGUGGAAAUGUAGAGGAACUAUGCACAGCAUUAUAUUCAUUUUUCCAAAUGUUGCAGACUGUUACAUUUGGAGGGCAAAUUAGAUAGACAAGAAUGUGGUUUCACCAGAAUGACCUCUGACCUCUUUUCUCUCAUACCCUAUUUCUACGUGCUUUUUAUAGGAAGGUACUAAACAAAGAAGGAUGAGGAAAGGCCGCAUUCUUUUGAGGCAAAUAGAUUUCUGCCCCUGGAAACCAUAAUUUGCAGUGUAUAAUACCUCUUUAUUUUUGGACAUGAGAUUGGUAAGUCCUCUACCGGUUACCUUAUUAGCUUUAUCCGUGAAGGAACCAUAGGCUGUGGUAGCCUUACACUUUGAUGUAUCGUUGAAGUAUCUUGUUGUCCUUGGCAAAAAGAAUUGUAAAAGUUCUUGGCCUUGUACAGCUAGAGGAUCUGCACAUCCAAGCUAUUCAUGAUGGCAUGCGGGCAUCAAACUCUGUCCAACCUGUAUAUUAUCUGUUCUGUAUGACACAGGGUAUUUAAUGCUUGCUACAACUUCGUAUGUUCAAAGUAUUCAUUGUGCCUCUCUGUGGACAUCUGCAUGCAUUGGUGUAAACCAUCUUCUAUUCUGUGUAUAUGUAUAUACAUAGAGAGGUAUAUAUUUACACAAAUGACUGUGCAUGUGUGUAUACAAUUUGAUUUUGGAGGUCGGAAGCCAGUAACAGCCAGAUGUGUGGCUGGAGAAAUCACUUUUGCAGACUUCAUUCUCUGUAUGAAAGCAACUCCAUAACCAGCUCAUGCAAAUGACAUAUUUAACAAAUAAUGCAAUCUUAGCCAGUGUGGGCCCGGUUCUAUGUUUACAUGAUUUAUGUAAGCAAAUUUAAUUUGAAUCUACAGUGUCUUUUUUAAUGUGAACUGAUUGACAAAUGUUCUGUGUACAUUUUUGUACAUGAUUGUAUUUUGUAUGAAACAAAGGAAAUAAAACUAUUUUGACUGCA